AUGGGUAACGAUAUUAAGAGAACAAUGAACAGUUUCUGGUGGGGCUGUGAUGGUGAGAGAAAUAAAGAUGUGAUUGGGCGUGUGGUUGAGAUUUAUUCUCCUGUUGAGAAGGUCAUAGCCGGUAAACUGAGUAGGCUAAUUGAUUUUGUGCUUGAAGACACUAGUCAAAGACAAGUAAAGUGUACCUUGUGGGAUGAUCAUGUUGAUGAGCUAAGCCCGUAUUUUAACUCUGCUGUUGCUGAUCCUCUCAUACUGUUGAUUCAGCUGUGCCGGGCUAAAAUAAUGGACAAUGGUGAGGUGCGAAUUUGCAGCUCUUUCGACGCCACGCAGCUGUUUUUUAACCAUCCGUGUAAGGAGUUUAGGGAACUAAGGAACAGCUAUAACACCAAGCUGACACCACUACGAUGUAUCCAAUCUAGCAGCAGACUAUGUGGUGCUAAUAUGGACUUUAGUCAGGGCAGUAAUGAUUUGGUGGUUACUCAGAUUGAAGAAAUUUACAGCAAAAAGAAUCUUGGGGAGUAUUGGGUUGAGGGUCGUAUUGUUGAUGUAGAGAGUGUGGUAGAUUGGUAUUAUGUGUCUUGCAAGGAUAACUACUGCAAGAGAAAGCUUAUUGAGAAGGGUGGAAUGAUGGUUUGUGAUGGUUGUAAAAGUUCUUGGCAUGAGGGAGUCGUAAGAUAUAAGGUAAUAGUUCGUGUGGCUGAUGAUACUGGAGAUGCCCCGAUGCUGAUAUGGGAUCGUGAAUGCUCUGAUUUGGUCGGUGUUUCUGCGUCUAAUUUAUUGGCUAAAUACCCUGAGGGGAAUAAAGGAAUUCCCCCAGAGUUGGGAUGUUUACGUGGGUUGUCAAUGCUAUUUAGAAUUCUCAUGAAAAAGGAUCAGGCUGAGAGUUACUACUCAGCCUUCACAGUUCUUAGCAUUUGCAGAGAUGAAAAUGCUCUUGCCCAGCAUUGCUCAAAUCUGUUGGGAAACAGUGAAAGAGAUGGAUUUUCUGGUGAUGGGCAUUGUGUUUCUGGGGAUUUCUUUUCUUCUGAUGAGGAAGAUUGUGUGGCAAUUGAGGAGGUUUCUCAGGGCUCUGGUUUAGAAAAGGUGACUGGUUUGGAAGAUUUUGAAGAGGGGUUUGGUGUGGAUGGUGCUGAUGUAACUCUGAAGAGAUCCCUAUUGAAGGACUUUCAUCGUUGUGGCAGUUCUAAGAAAAGUAAGGGUAUUGCUGUGAACGAAGAAAAGUAG